AUGGGAGCACUCCUAAGCAAGCCACAAGAUAGGAUAAGAAUAGCCACUAAAAAAGUGAAGGAAACGGAGAGCGAUGUGUACACACGAAAGACAAUGCUGUAUCUAUACCUGUGCAAGGACAACAUUAUCGAAAUAGACAGAAACAUACAGCUGCUAAACAAUUUGAGAGUUCUGCAAAUCUGCUGCAAUAAAAUCACCGCUCUCCCCAGGGAAAUAGGAAGACUCAAGAACUUGAGCAUUCUUUUUCUGUCGAGAAACUGUCUGCUGGAAAUACCUGAUGAAAUAUCAUCCCUAGACAACCUGAACGACAUGAAUCUGUCCGAUAACAACCUGUCCGCCCUUCCUGAAUCUCUGCAGCAUCUGAAGAGCUUGAAAAUACUGGACAUCUCUGGGAACCCGUUC